GCUCUCUCUCUCACAAACACACACACUCUCUCGUACCUCCACUAUCCUGUCACAACGACAACAGCUGCUACGACGACGACGACGACGACAACAACAACAACGACAACAACAACAGCAGCAGCAGCAGCAGCACGCAAUAUUAAUAAUAAACCUUAUUUUCUCUUGAAUUUUUUAACACACUCGCUCGCUUUGAGUCGGUUUGAGUCGGCAUAAGACAGGGCAAUAUGCCAAAAAGUGACGACAAACACGCACUUGAUCGCGAAGUGACCACAAUGUAUCAACACACGUUCCUCAAUCAGCCCCGUUCACAUUCCCGUCGCACUGCAAGUACGGGUGCUGUCACUGACACUGCACCGCAGCAUUGCUGCUUCAACUGUAACCAGCCUUGUGUACGAAGCGAUCGCUCACCUAUUCAGGCACUCGGUCGAAUAUACCAUUAUCAAUGUUUUGUGUGCGAGGACUGUCAAAUGCCGGUGACAGACAAAUACUACGCGCUGGAUCAUGACACUAUUCCACGGUCGAUCGUAUGCGAGCGACACUACUAUACCCGGCUCAACAAUAUCUGUCGCCAGUGCGGCGAGCCACUACAAGAGGAUGCGCCACUUGAGAUGAUCGACGGACACAAGUACCACCAGCAGUGCAUACGCUGUCCCGGCUGUUUCUUGGCGAUACAGGCACAGCAACAGCACCAGCUGAAACGAAGCAGUAGAAUCAUGCGCAGCAGUCGCAACAGCACUAGCAGCAGCGACUACUAUGUCGACGACAGCAAAGAAAAGUUCGUGUAUGGAGCACGGUCGUACUGUCGAUACCAUUUCUCGCUGCUACGCGGCACGGCCUGUGUAGGCUGCGGACAAGCCGUGCUAUGCCAACCCGUGCAUGACCGAGACAAUCCAGAGCGAUGGUGGCACCACGAAUGCUUCAUGAUACAAAAGUAUUGGAACGUCAAACUAGCUGAUGAAAGAAAAGAUCACCAUGGCAUCUUCCUGAUGAUGAGCCCAGACGAGUUGAUGAAAUCACAGGCCACCAUCGAGCACAAGCGCAGGUUCGUCUACAGCGAGCUCAAAGGCUUCGAGGACGCUCUUGCUGCAUCUAUCUCGGACAUGGCAGUCGACAUCACAGCAGGUGCCUAUCGUGAGAGCAUCCAAAUGGCCAAUCAGCUCGCUUGGCACCUUCGGGUCUUGUUUUCGGCCCAUCAGAAGAUCCAUGCCUUGUAUGAAGAGCACAAGCCCCCUCCUCCUCUGCCUCCUUCUCAUCACAGCCAACUCCAUCAUCCCCAUCAGAAGCACCAGGAGCAAGUCUACGAGUGUGACAAAUGGUCUCGGAUCAUCGGUGCGCAGGUGCUUCAGCUCUUUGAUUUGGUCGAUGCCAAGAGCGGCCAUCGCCCCAGCAACAACGGCUACCACCAGCGAGAGGACUUUACUAAAGACGUUGUGCGCUUUGUCACUCUACUCGCGUCUAACCUAAAGGAGUGUCUGCGUGUCGGAAUCAUUGAGACGCUUAAAAUGGAGCACGAAUAUGGCGUCAAAGAUGCUAUACUCACGUUUCUUGAGGAAUUCGUGACACUCAAGAAAAGCAGGACGAGCAUUUCGGGGCGGUAUUAUCUCAAAGAUGCACCCUUUCCUAUUGCUGCGACUGGCAACAUAAAAAAUAACAGCAGCAUGAACGGCGAUGAACCGAACCGUAUCAUUGCCCAGCAAGAUCAGUGUCACCAAUGUCAAAUGGUCAUUGAGGACGCGUGCUGGCAGUUUCAACAUGCUCGAUGGCACACACAGUGUCUGAUCUGCAGUAGUUGCAAGCAAUCCAUAGACCCGCCAUUUAACGCACGGAUAGGAGUCCAUCAGCACCAGCAUCAGCGUCAACAACAACAACAACAACAGUCGUCAAUAAUAACGGCGGACACAAAGCAACAGCAUGCAGAAUCGAACUUGAUUUUGCUCUGCGACCGCUGCACCAUCGAUCCACGAAAGCGACGGAACUACACGAUGCAGCAAGCACCGCUUUCCCGCGUAACCCAGCUCGAACAAUGUAUGCACCUCUUGCGCGUCGCAGUGGCACGAGUCCACCAGCGUCCCAUCGGCAAAAAAGGCUUGCCCGCCAACAACAACAACAGUAGCAGUCAGAAGCUGCAGCUACACCAGCACCACCACCAGCUCCAACAGAAGCAGCAGCAGCAACAGCAACAGGAGCAGCAUGUAAAUAAAGAGUAUCAGCAUCCACCCAUGAUCGGCAAACAGCCUCCAUCUUCUUCUCCUUCUCCUGCUCGACGAAUGACUCUCGACUCUUCCCCAGCUGUUGCUCGAUUCCAACAUCAAGAACCAGUCGCCACUGCUGCUGCUGCUGCUGCCACUGCUGCCCUGGGUCCGUUAUUUGUGCGCAACAACAAUGCUGUAAAGCGCUCCAAAUCUGCGCAGGCCGACUUUGAUAUUGCCAGUUCCUUGCCACGACGCGUCGCAACCAUCUCCAACCAACAACAACUCUCACCGUCUUCAUACCACCACCGCGACGACCACCACACGACCACCACCACCACCACCGCUGCCACAACCCUUGAUAAUAACAAGAUGUUCUCUACAGUCUCAUCACUGUCAGGCAAGAAGCUAGGCACAACACUAAGACGAGCGCUGAGCACAGGUCGGCCACAGCAACAGCAGUCGCCACGGUUACAAACCAUCUUUGGCAAUGGCAAUAAUGCUGCUAACAACAACGACAAGGAAUAUAGCAAUUCACCGACAACACCACUACCAACUGCGCCUGCGACUGAGCCUGGUGGCCCGUACUGGCUUGCAGAACUGACGACGAUCCAGGACUCGAUUAUAAGGAGUCUCGCAGCGCUAUAUAUCGAACGCCAUGUCAGCCUCUACUUUGAAUUCGAGGAGUUGCUUUCACUACUAGAGUGCAAAAAGGAGUCGCUUUGGGGCAAGGUCAAGAUGCACUUUCGCAACAGCAGCUCCAGACAGCCGUCGCCCUCGUCGUCAAUAGACACCAGCAAUGGCAAAGUGUUUGGCGCACCACUGAUGGCUGUUUUGUCGCGAGAGAAAGUACCACACCCGCAUCACUACGACCAUCGGACACGUGCUGCAGCCAUCAGCUAUGUAAUGACCCAUCACCCGACCAUGGCCGCAUGCUUUUCGGAGAAUGCCAUGGUACCUUCAGUUGUGCAGAACAUUAUUUUGGCUCUUUUACAUCAAGAUCUCACCAUCGAAGGCAUCUUUCGAAAGAACGGCAACAUUCGAGAGCUAAAGGAAACCUGCGACAUGGUCGACAAGGGACACGAUUACACGCAGCUACUGUAUCACGACUCUUCUGCAAUCCAACUUGCCGCAUUAUUGAAGCGCUUUGUCCGUGAUCUCCCGGAGCCACUUUUGACAUUCAAACUGCACAAGCUAUUCCUCACUUCCUUGCAAAUGCCCACAGAAGCAGAGGCAAAGACGGUCUUGUAUUUUGCUUGUUGUAUGCUUCCUAAACCAAAUCGGGAUGUCAUGCAGCUUCUGUUCUUGUUUUUGAACCAUGUGGCAUCGUUGCACGAACAUAACAAAAUGGAUAUCCACAACAUUGCCCGAAUAUUCAGUCCGAGUGUCCUAUACGCUUCUCCUGUCCAGCAGCAGCAACAGCAGCAGCAACCUCAGCAUAAUACCAGAGAUGAGAUCGAAGUUGUUCAAAUGUUGAUCAAAUACCAGCCCGAUUUUACCAUGGUAAGGGCCGAAAGGCACUCCUCUCUAUUGCUGCUGGCUUCACUCGAAAAAGGAGGCCAAGAGAUUCUGACACUGUACCAUGUUGAUCUUCUUAGGUGCCACAAGAAUUUACCUUAUUAAUGCAAGACACUAGUAUGAUGAAGGCACUCUAUAACGCCGAUUUGACAUCAUCCAAGGAGUUCGUCCGCACUUACGCCAGCUUAAUGAAACUAAGAAAAAAUGCUAAUAGUACCACGUCGCGUCCUGGCGAAGUUGGCAAUAUAUCCUCCUUGGCAACACGGUCCGCCGUUGUUCUUCCGACCACCACGCCUCAACAGCAACAAGUUGGAAGGUGAAAAUAACUCACUUUGUAGCAGUCCUCGUUUUUAUUAUAUACACUUCCCCCCACCCACCUUUGUAUAGCCCAGUAUUAUAUGUCUAGUGCUUACCACUACUAUUAUAUGUAUAAACAACAACCUACUUGUGAUAAGAAAAGAAAGUUUUUUGAUACAUCUUACGACACUCUGUUCCGAUGAGUUAUAACGUUUUUUUG